AUGGAUCAAGGGUGGCAACCAUACCAGGAUCCCCUGAUGGGUCGCCCCGCGCAGUUUAAUACCGGGUUGGCGUCUCAUCCACAGCAGUUAGGCUCAAAGUACGGCCAGCCACCGCAGUCGUCACAGCCCCCCGUCGGAUACACCUACGAGACCUUUCAAACUCCCGGCACCACCUCCAAGCCUCCAUCUUCCGGUCCCAACUCUAAACCUGUCUCCAUGGCUUCAUCUCCCACUGCGACGCCACGCAGUAGAGAUUAUGUCACUGACGCUGACACCAACAUGGAGGAUGCGGACCCAUACAAUCGGGCCAAGUAUCCGUCGCGACCGAACCAUCACAGCCGCCCCUCGUCUCAAUUCCUCGGCCAGGCUGAGGAAUCGUCGGCUGCUCGCCGAUACUCUCCAAUGAAUGCUCUGUCGUCGCCUACCUCAUCAUAUCCUACCAGUCCUGGAAAGGCCCAAGGCUCGUACGGUUUCCCCCCAACGGCUCAUGGUCAGUCGCGACGAUCGCCGACCCGGGCACCCGACUAUUCCUCGCCGCCGCAAGGUUACCAGUCGCCGCCAUACUUCCCCCGCUCCAAGCGACCGACCUCAGCCUGGAUCAAUAUUACCCCCCCCUCCGCAUCCUCCCACAUGGGUACUCCAUUUGGCCAUGGGACUCGGUCCCCUCGAUCUGGCUCCUUACCAUCGCAAGUGCCAGGUCGUGGUCCAGUCCCGAAGUUCCAAAAGAUCAAAUCAGUGCAGGAGCUGCAGCCACGGGUUCACGCCCAACCCGCAUAUCGGCGCGCCAACCCGGAGGGUGGCUUCAUCAGCCCACUUCAAGCAUUGACCUCCCACCUUCCGUCAACCUAUCGUAUAUGCAACCCGAACUUCAACUACGAGUCCUCGAGGAACCCCCCGACGCGUCCGAGCAAGGGAGUGAAAAACGAUGGCUAUGAUAACGAGGAUAGCGACUACAUUCUCUAUGUGAACGAUAUUCUAGGUAGCGAAGAGGCUGGUCACAAGAACCGUUACCUCAUUCUCGAUGUCCUUGGUCAGGGUACUUUCGGUCAGGUGGUCAAAUGUCAGAACCUGAAGACCCAAGAAGUUGUUGCAGUCAAGGUCAUCAAGAACAAGACAGCCUACUUCAAUCAGAGUAUGAUGGAAGUCUCAGUGUUGGACUUGCUCAACAGCAAGUAUGACAAGAACGAUGACCACCAUCUCCUGCGACUUAAAGACACCUUUAUUCACCGGCAGCAUCUUUGCUUGGCAUUUGAGCUGCUCAGUGUCAACCUUUACGAACUCAUCAAGCAAAAUCAAUUCCGGGGGUUAAGCACGACACUCGUCCGUGUCUUUGCGCAGCAGUUGCUGAAUGCAUUGAGCCUUUUGAAUAAAGCUCACCUAAUCCAUUGCGAUCUGAAGCCGGAGAAUAUUCUCUUGAAGAAUCUUGAGAGCCCCAUUAUCAAGGUUAUUGAUUUCGGAUCUGCAUGUGAUGAGCGCCAAACGGUCUAUACGUAUAUUCAAUCACGAUUCUAUCGUUCGCCGGAAGUCCUACUUGGCUUGCCGUACUCAUCUGCAAUUGACAUGUGGUCGCUUGGCUGUAUCGUCGUCGAGCUCUUCCUGGGACUGCCUCUCUUCCCAGGAUCUUCUGAAUACAAUCAGGUCACCAGAAUUGUCGAAAUGCUCGGACUUCCCCAGCAGUGGAUGCUGGAUAUGGGCAAACAAUCCGGCGAGUUUUUCGAAAAGACACAUGAUGAGUACGGCCGGAAGACACAUCGUCUGAAGAGUCUUGAGCAAUACUCGCGAGAGCACAACACGAAGGAACAGCCCAGCAAGAAGUACUUCAAUGCUUCAACGCUGGAGGAGAUCAUUCGCAGUUACCCUAUGCCGCGCAAGAACAUGAAGCCGGCUGAGGUUGAACGCGAACUCAACAAUCGAAUUGCGUUCAUUGACUUUGUGCGAGGCCUCCUAGCCAUCAACCCCCUCGAGCGAUGGUCGCCUCAACAAGCGAAAUUGCAUCCGUUCAUCACUCAGCAGAAGUUCACCGGUCCUUUCAUGCCUCCCGGGAACUUGAAGUACUCGGCUCCCAACAAGACUGUCGCGCCCGGUGUUCAGCAGCAGCAGCAGGCUGAGGCCACUAGCAAGCAGAGAGCCGCCCAAGCCGCACAGGCACAGCAGUCAGCAUACAACAUGCAGAUGAAUCAGCAGUACCACGCACCGGCGCAGCCACAACAAGCUCCCCCAGCCAUGUACAAUGGAAUGUACCAGCAACAAGCCCCUCCUCCACCUUACCCGACGCAGCCACCAGGCUACGGUUACCAGAUGAACAUGGUCCCUGGUCAGGUUCCUGGCCAGAGCCUUCAGGCCCAAGCUACCACUCGAGCCGGUCGCCAACGUGCGUCAACAAUGGAUCCCAACGGCGGAGGCAUUCCGUCCACAAUCCAACGGGUGGCCAGCCACUUGGAUCCCAAUGCCCCAAUUCGACUGCAACCCAGCCCCGCAUACUAUCCCCCGCCUCCAGACGGGUAUAUUGAUCCAAACAAUGCCAACCAACGACGCCGUGGCAGCCGCACAGGUGGUAACGGCAAUCAACGAAACCGAGACUUCAUUCGUACCCUUGAAGACGGCGUGCUGAACGAAGGCUACAUGGGUCAGAACCAAUGGCACUAG